AUGACAGAAGGUAUUGCGACCAAUUCGUUUGAGACCAGACUCUUUUAUGUCGACGCUCAAACGCUCGCCCGCUUGAGUUGUUAUAGCACUGUCGAUGGUUCCAUUGUUACCUCAAAUGUGCACGAAGCAGUUGAUCAGGAUGUUGACGCCGCAGUUACCGCGGCAAGCGCUGCAUUCCCAAGCUGGGCCGCUUUUUCCCCUGAGAAGAGGGCGUGUAUCUUACACAAAUUUGCUGAUCUCAUGGAGCGAGAUGCCGACAACCUCGCCUAUUUGGAAGCAGUGUGCAACGUGAAGCCCGUUAAGCUGUUCCGUGGGUAUGAGCUGCCACAAGCAGUCAGCAUCUUUAGAUACUAUGCUGGCUGGUGUGGCAAGGUUCAUGGAGAGUCAUUCCCUACUAGUAAUGGUUUCCUCAAGAUCGUCCAGCGGGAGCCAUUGGGCGUAUGUGCGGCGAUCACGGCGUUCAACGCUCCUAUUAUGGGAAUGGCCAUGAAGGCUACACCAUGCCUGGCUACUGGUAAUACUCUGAUUAUGAAAUCUAGCGAGAGGACUCCGCUUUCAACACUUUACCUUGGGAAGCUGGCGAAUGAGGCAGGUUUCCCUCCAGGCGUUUUUAAUAUCAUCUCUGGAGGAGCACUUGCCGGUAGUCUCCUUGCUAAGCAUAUGGAUAUUGAUCAGGUUUCUUUCACGGGUAGUGCUUUUAUUGGGAAGCAAAUCGCUCAAGCUGCAUUAAGAAGCAAUUUGAAGCGAGUUGCGUUAGAAUUGGGAGGCAAAAGUCCGAGCAUUAUUUUCCCAGAUGCAAAACUAGAUGUGGCCCUCUCCUGGUGCGUGAACGGUAUUCUGGUACUAUCUGGCCAGGUCUGUUUUGCUAGCUCUCGGGUAUAUGUCUAUGAGAGCAUCAAGAAGCAGGUGGUCGAACAGAUGAAAGCAUCGUUUGAAAGCGUGGAAGAAUUAUUUGGUGAUCCACUUGACGAAGAUGUUGAGUUCCCGCCUCUGUUCAACCAGGGCCACUUUGAUAGGGUGAAGGGCUUCAUUGAUCGCGGCAAAGAGGAGGCGACCCUCGUCACUGGCGGGGAAGCUAUGUUUGCUAAGGGUCAUUGGAUGCAACCAACAAUAUUUGUUGACCCGACUCCCGAUGCUGAAAUUAGCCGAGAGGAGGUCUUCGGCCCUAUGGUUAUCAUCAUCGGGUUCACUGACGAAGAGGAAGUCGUUGCCCAAGCCAACAAUACGCAGUUUGGGUUAGCGGGUGCUAUUUUCACCCAGGAUAUCAACCGCGCAGUUCGUAUAGCCAGUGCGAUCUCCUGUGGGACUGUUGGUAUCAACUGCUGCGGCGUACUUGACGCAACUGUGCCAUUUGGAGGAUACAAGCAAAGUGGACUGGGACGAGAACUGGGCCAGGAUGCUCUCGCAGAGUACACCUAG